AGGGAGAAGAGGAGAGGGGAGGAGGAGGCGGCACUUGAGCUGCAGCUCGAAAACCCAGGCAGUCUCUCUCUGAGAGAGACGGGGAGCGGCUGCCACUGAGUAGGAUGCUCUUCGGGGCGCCCUGACCCAGGGACGCCUGAAGCAGCGUCGUUGGCUAGGGCAGCAGGGCAGCUUUCACCAUGCAUCAGUCCCUGACUCAGCAGCGGGCCAGCGAUAUGUCCCUGCCCGAUUCUAUGGGAGCCUUCAAUCGGAGGAAACGAAACUCCAUCUAUGUCACCGUGACUUUGCUGAUUGUGUCCGUGUUAAUUCUCACGGUGGGCCUUGCUGCAACCACCAGGACCCAGAAUGUGACUGUUGGGGGUUAUUAUCCAGGAGUUAUUCUCGGCUUCGGAUCAUUCCUUGGAAUCAUCGGAUCCAACCUCGUUGAGAACAAACGACAGAUGUUGGUGGCUUCUAUCGUCUUUAUCAGCUUUGGUGUGAUUGCAGCCUUCUGUUGUGCCAUAGUCGAUGGAGUCUUUGCUGCCAGACACAUUGAUCUGAAACCACUCUACGCUAACCGGUGCCACUAUGUCCCCAAGACAUCCCAGAAGGAAGCUGAGGAGGUCAUAAGUUCCUCAACCAAAAAUUCUCCUUCCGCGAGGGUUAUGAGGAACCUUACCCAGGCAGCUAGAGAGGUGAACUGCCCUCACCUCACCCGCGGAUUCUGCACGCCUCGCAUCCGGGGCAACACCUGCUUCUGCUGUGAACUCUACAACUGUGGCAACAGGGUGGAAAUUACUGGUGGGUACUACGAAUACAUCGAUGUCAGCAGUUGCCAGGACAUCAUCCAUCUCUACCACCUGCUCUGGUCUGCCACCAUCCUCAACAUCGUCGGCCUAUUCCUGGGCAUCAUCACUGCCGCUGUCCUUGGAGGCUUUAAGGACAUGAAUCCAACUCUCCCGGCACUGAACUGUUCUGUUGAAAAUGCCCAUCCAACUGUUUCUUAUUAUGCUCGUCCUCAAGUGGCAUCCUACAAUACCUACUACCAUAGCCCUCCUCACCUGCCACCAUAUUCUGCUUAUGACUUUCAGCAUUCUGGUAUCUUUCCACCCUCGCCUCCCUCUGGACUUUCUGAUGAGCCCCAGUCUGCCUCUCCUUCACCCAGCUACAUGUGGUCCUCCAGUGCACCACCCCGUUACUCUCCACCCUACUAUCCGCCUUUUGAAAAGCCACCACCUUACAGCCCCUAAAGAGGAAUGUCCGCUGGCUAUUGGGAUUAUUGUGGCUUUUGUAUUUCUGUUUUAGUGGAAGUGUAUAGGGGACACAAUUUCAAGUGUGAUUCUUAUGCAUAGUUUCAAGUUUUACAACAGCUGCCAGGCUCGGGAAAGAUAGGAAUAAAGUUUAUUUGUUAUCAGUGCUGAGCAGGGGUGGCUAGGCUGAACCCAGGACUUCCAUGAAGAACAGUACACAUGCUCUAAGCAAGGCUGGGGAGCCAGCCCAGCAAGAAGCUUGUCAUGUUUGGACCUGUAUUACCCUAUGGCUCUGCCUCUGUAUUCAGCUAAAGUGUGGUUGUCAUCUGUUUCAUUUUGUGUAAAUGGAGUGUUGUCCUCAAGCCCUUGGCAGAUUGCCACCCUAGUACCUCGG